GGCCGCCGCCAUCGCCGCCGCCAUGGAGCCGCAGCCCGACAGCCUGGAGGGCUGGGUGGCCGUGCGCGACGCCGCCUUCGCCGAGCCGCGCCCGCCGCGGCUGCGCUUCCUGGCGGGCUGGAACGACGCGGAGGGCAAGUUCGCCGUGACGUGCCACGGGCCGGCCCCGGCGGCGGGGGGCGAGGCGGCGGCGCGGCAGAGCUGGGCCGGCCUCUUCUCGGCGCAGGCCCUGCUGGGCGUCCACCGGCAGCUGGCGGCCGUGUGCCCGCGCCUGGAGCCCGCCUUCCCCGCGCUGCCCGCCGCGCCGCGCGGCGCCGCUGGAGGGCUGUGGGCCGCGCUGUUCGCCGGCGGCGCGGCGCCGGGCGAGGCCGAGGCCGAGGCGCAGGAGCUGUGCCGGCAGCUGGAGCGCUACCUGCGCUGCGCCCUGGAGCUCUGCGGCGGCCGCGUGGUGCUGGACGCCCUCUUCGCCGCCGAGCGCCGCCGCCACGACGACGACUACUACGAGAGCCUGCAGGAGCUGCGCGGCAAGGCCCUGCGCGGCCACCUGGCCCGGGCCGAGGAGGCCCUGCGGCGGGUUCUUCAGCAGCAUAAAAGUGCUGACACAAUGGUGGCUUUGAUGAAGGUUUAUGAAGAAGAAGAUGAAACUUAUCAGGACUUGGUUACCAUGGCAACGCAAUUCUACCAGUUUUUACUGCAGCCGUUCAGAGAUAUGCGCGAACUGGCAACCCUGUACAAACUGGAAAUCCUGAAAUCUUUACAGUAUGAUAAGCUGGGGCCUAAAAGAAUAGCAGCUUUGCAGAAGGAUGCUGAGGAAUGGACUAAGCGGGCAGAGGAUGCUGUGUGCUCCAUUCAGAAUAUCACUGUGAACUACUUCAAGGAAACUGUAAAGGCCCUGGCAGCAAUGCACAAACAGAUGGAACAAGAUCAGAAAAGAUUUGGUCAAGCCACCUGGGCAUCGGCUUUGCCAAGACUAGAAAACCUGAAGUAUAUGUUAGCUAAAGAAACCCUUCAGCAUCUGCGGGCAAGGGAAUUGUGUCUGAAACAGAAGAAAGCUGGCAUUCAGAAAAACAUGGAGAACCUUGAUGAACAAGAAGAGAACCUAGCUGUAGCAGAGGAGCUGGAAAUGGAGUAUUAUGAAACCCAACUGGAAUUAUAUAACGUACAGCUUGAAGUAUUGAAACACGAAGAGAUGCUUCUUAUUGUACAAUUGGACACUUUAAGGAGGCAGAUUAAAGAGAAACAGGAUGAAGUUGUUUACUAUGAUACAUGUGAAAAUCCUGAGGAGCUCAAGGUCAUUGAACAGACAAUGGGACAACAUUAUGCUAACUCGUCAGAAAUGACGAAGCUGAAGCGGAAGACUAAGCAGUUGGAGACAAAACGUGGAACUGUCUGUGCGAGGAGAGCCUACCUCAGGAACAAAAAAGAUCAAUGUGAAGCAAGCCAUCGGCAGAGACUGCAACAGGCAGAGGAGAGCAAAAAACGCUUCCAGCAGCAUCACAGCAUACAGAUAAAAAGAGACAAGCAAAAAGAGGAAGAGAAAAAGAAAAAAGCUUGGAUAAGCCAAGAACGUCAGAAAACGCUGGAGAGGCUGAAAACAUUCAGGGAGAAAUGCCCAGCUCAUACUGUGCUGAAAGCAUCUCCUCCCCAGCCUCUCAGUCCCAAGAUGCCACGAAGCAUCACCCAGCAGGCUGCAAUGCUGCCCCCUUCAUCAAGAGUGAGGCCAGAACUGGAACAGCCGAGGAGCAUGCAGCUAGCAGAAGGCAAAGUUUUAAAAGCUUCUCAUCAGAAUACCCCAGCAGAUAUCCCUGUCCAGAUUUUUGUGGCUGCUGGUGACUCAAAGCAACAAAAGCACAGCAAGGGACUGAUGGACUCUCCAUCCUCACCACCACCUCCACCCCCUCCUCCACCUCUUCCAACCCCUCCUCCUCCUCCCCCUUUACCUCUCCACUUCAAGACACCAUCAGCAGUAGAGGAUAAACCACUUCCCCUUAGCUCUGAGGUCCCUGCAAUGCACAAACAGGAUGACUCAUUCAGGACGUCUGUAAAUAAUUACACAGGAACCAUGGAUGAGGUUUUGGCUUCUCUAAAACAUGGUGAAGGUGUUCUUCGCAAAGCAAAACAGACAAAUCCCUAUGCCUCUGUGAAAGAUGACAUCCUCUCUGCCAUAAGGCAAGGAGUUAAACUAAGAAAAGUGAAUCAAGAUACUGAGAAACAUAUCAGUAAAGGAUCUAGUAAUGAGCUGGAGAGAAGCAUUAAGGCAGUCAUCCAGAGAAUUAAGAAAGUGUCUGCUGAUUCUGAAGAAGAGGAAAACAAUGAUCAGAACAGUGGGGAGUGGGACAGCUAACCCACUGAGAGUAACAGAUGUACUGACUGGAACACAGUACGUGUCUCAUUUUGCACAUUGUAGGAGACUGUUCCUUUCAAAAUGAAAGAAUGGCAUGAUUGUGUGUGUGUAUAUAUUCUUGUCACAGUCCAAAAUCUCUUACAUGGUAAGUGUCCUGCUGAUUUUCUGCAGGAGCUGCAGAUUCUUAUUUUUGCGUGGGAAAUGAUACUCCAAAAAUGCUUGCAUUAAUAGGCAGUUCUGGCUCAGCCAUGCAGACUCCAGAGUCUUCACCAUAUCUGAAGACAGGUAAAAUACUGAAUUGAAACAUACAUUAUUUUGGUUGUUACAACACAGUUGAUAAUACUAUCAAAACAAAUUUAAAGAGUGAGAAACUAACUGAAGAUCUGUUUUGUGAAUUAAAAGUUCAACCAAACCUGUGGUGGUAAAAGCAGUCCAGAAAUCUUAGCAUAAUUUGAAAGCGCUCUCAUUACUAUCUCCAUUGUCCAGAAAUCCCUUUAAUGUGUUGCUUGUCUCAUACAGCUCACUCUCAAAUAACUGCUCGAUACUCCAUUUAUCAUUAUGUUGUAAAGUGUGCACUUUGGAAGGGCUUAGCAAUGCUGAAUGGGAAAACUAAUACUAGGUUUGAAAUUAACACUACUGCACUAAUUACUGAAAAGUUUACUUUUUGGCUGGAAGUUUAAAUGUACAAUAUUUUUAAAAGCUAAGUGUCUUUCAUACAUCCAGUUAUAGUGAACUGUUGGCAUAAAAGAAAGUGCCAAAAUAUUGUAUGUUAUGUUUUCUGUGAUCUAGCCCUGUAAUACAGAGCUACAUUUCUCCACUGAAAAGAUCAAUACAUGUUUAUACCUGCUGUCAUGAAUUUAUAUCGCCUGAAAGCACUUUAUAAAUGGCAGUUAUUUACUUUGUGUCUGGAACCUGACUAUUUUAAAAUUAAACUACAUUGCAUAUAUAGACUGUUUCUAGUUUGGGUAAAUAGUGACAAAAAUGAUUCAGGUUUUUUUGGAGUUUAUGACUGACUCUUAAUAAAAAUAUAUCCCAACAGAAGAA